CCUCGUGCUCCCCGCCCCCCCCCUCCCCGCGCGCGGACCGCGGGGCCCAGGUUCCACGCGGGCGCGGCGGACGACGGCGGGGGCUACACGGUGGAGGUCAGCAUCAACGACUACCUGGACAUCUACUGCCCGCACUACGGGGCGCCGCUGCCGCCGGCCGAGCGCAUGGAGCACUACGUGCUGUACAUGGUCAACGGCGAGGGCCACGCGUCCUGCGACCACCGGCAGCGCGGCUUCAAGCGCUGGGAGUGCAACCGGCCCGCGGCGCCCGGGGGGCCGCUCAAGUUCUCGGAGAAGUUCCAGCUCUUCACGCCCUUCUCCCUCGGCUUCGAGUUCCGUCCGGGACACGAGUACUACUACAUCUCUGCCACACCGCCCAAUGCUGUGGACCGACCCUGCCUGAGGCUGAAGGUUUACGUGCGGCCAGCCAACGAGACCCUGUACGAGGCCCCGGAGCCCAUCUUCACCAGCAAUAACUCGUGCAGUGGCUUGGGCGCCUGCCAGCUGGUCCUCAGCACCGUCCCUGUGCUGUGGACCCUCCUGGGCUCCUAGUCCCGGCCCACCUGGAUGCCCCGCCUAGAGACCAGCUAGAGACUCCGUUUCUCCCACGACUGGUGCUGCCCUGCCAGGCAGGGGGGGGCUGUCCACCGCCCCAGGGCCAGCCCUGGGGGGCGCGGCUAAAGGCCCCGAUGCCUGAGAGGCCGGGUGUCUGUCCAGCCUCCCGGCCAAGCCAUUCCUUCCAGGGUGCCGGAGAGCCCACGAACCUCUCGCUAGGGCUUUUCUUUUACGGCGGAAUCAGAAAGACUUGAGUUUUUAAUUUAAUUUAUUCCUUGCUGUUGCCGGUAACUUUGGGAAGGAGACAGAGUGGAUGCUGCGUGGGUCCCUGGCCCCCCUGGGGCACGGGGAUCGGGAGACCCCUGGUCUGGUCGACCCUCCAGGUGCCCUGGGACAGGCCGGUCUGAGACGGAAGGGGCCGGGGAUGCGUGCCCCUAAUUCCGGCCCAGGAAUCAGAGCCCACCACAGACCCCCCCCC